AUGCAUAUCAAAACAACCUCCAUCCUCGCCGAGCCCGUCUCCACGGGUUCAACAAGUGUGGUGGUCACGGCUCUGCAAGUCCUGGGCGAGUACGUCGCGAUUGCACUAGACAACUCUGAAAUCCACGUCUUUGGCCAUGACGGAAGCAGGAAACACGUCCUGAACGGCUGUCAGGGAGUAGUAUGGACUAUUGCCAUGCGCGGAGAUUUGCUUUGCGCGGGAGGGGCAGAUACGACGAUUCGGGUAUGGGAUCUUUUGACGGGGAAUCAGGUACAUGUCCUGGCUGGCCAUACAUCUACCGUUCGAUCUCUCUUGUUUCUUGAAACCGCGACUCUCGUUUCCGGCUCGAGGGAUGCGUCUAUUCGGAUAUGGGAUGUACAAACCGGUGAAUGCAAACAGGUCCUAGACAGCCAUCAUACCGCAACUAUUCGUUCUCUCGCUGCUUCUUCGAAGAGUGAUGAUGAUGUCUUUGUCUCUGGUGGCUAUGACGGCAAGGCCUGUGUUUGGGCGGCUACUUCACCAGAAAACGGCAAAGUCGAAUGUCUCCAAUCUCUAUCUGGUGGCCAUGAAGGCGGAAUUUACACUGUUUGCAUGGCUUAUGAUGGCGAGGUGGCACUGACCGGAGGAGUAGACGCUAUUUUGCGAGUGUGGGAUGUUCGGACGGGAAAAUGCUCAGCUGAGCUACACGGCCACAAAUCCCUCAUCAGCAGAAUCCAAAUCCUGCAAGACCGCCACAUUAUUAUCAGCUCAGACUCUACCGGCGCCAUCCACGCGUGGUCUCUAGCCGCACCACACAAUCUGAUAUACUCGACGCAAACGCACGACAACAGCGUGACAAGCUUCGACGUCGAUAAAUCACAGAGAAUCAUCAUCAGCGGCGGCGCAGAUGGCGCUGUCAAACUGAGUGACACCGAAACUGGCCAGGUUCUUGGAAGAUUGGGUCGGGAUGGCCAGGCAGUGUGGAAAGUCGCUUUUGUGGGGGAUGGGAGAGCGGUGGUUGCGGUCUCAAGAGAUAGGAGGACUUUUAUUGAGAUGGUGGAGUUUGAGUUUGGUCAGUAG